UAGCAGCAUGGCGGAAGAUGAGAGUGAUCAGGAGUCGGAGAGGCUAGUUGAGGAGCUUGAAGCCAUCGUAGAAGAACAAUAUGAUUUUUUUGGGGCUAGCGGAUUGUGGAGUCGCGAAUACUGCCGCCGCUUCUGCGAGGUUGUUGAAGACUAUACUGCAAGAUGGCAGGUCCCUUUACCCCAACUUCAAGUACUUCAGACAGCUCUCUGUUGCUUCACAUCUGCCAGUGUGUCUUUCCCAGCUGAAUGUGAGCACACACAGUGUGUUUUGAGUAGACUAGCUUUGAGUCUAUUUGAGUUGCUGCUGUUUUUUGGGAAAGAUGAAUUCUACGAAGUUCCUUUAAAAGAGAUCCUGGGUUCAGUUCAGGAAUGCCACAGCCUGCUUAAACGAUAUGACAACAAAGACCUGAGGUUGGUAGUUGGCAUUAUUAAAGAUGGAGGACCAUGGGAACAACCUGUAUUACAAGCAAUUCUCAAGGGAAAAUCUGAACCACAAGAUACAGUGGAUAAAUAUCUAAAAUCGGAACAUCAUCUCUUUAUCGAAUUGCGUGUCAGAUACCUCAUUGCGUGUGAGCGCAUUCCAGAAGCAAUGGCCCUAAUCACAACUUGUUUAAGUCAUCCUGAAGUCAGUAAAAAUCUGUACUACCAUCAAGCUUAUUUUAUGUGUCUUCAUAUUACUCGAUUAACAGAGCAGCUACUGCAAGAGCAUGUGCUGAGAAUAGACAUUGGUGAUGGAGUGAAAAUUAUCUGCAACACUGAAAAUGAAGGAAAAACUGCUUUGGCAUUACAGUUAAGUGAAGCAUUCCUCAUAACACAGUUACAAAGUGGAGACAUGUAUUGUGUUUGGGAUUUAAUUUUUCUUUGGAGCAAACUUCAGCUGAAACUAAACCAUUCCAAGCAGCUCUUCAUAGAAAGGUGCUAUAACAUGCUGAGGAUUGCCACAAACUUAAAAGGGAUCUUCCCUUUCAUGAAAGCAAUCAUAAAUGAAAUCGGAGAGGCUGGUGUUCAGUUAUCUGUGGAGCUGUGUGGCUGCGCUUUGCAGCUUGACCUUAAUCAUGAUCCAGAAACAAAAUCUUUAAUUUAUAAGACAAUUGCAUGUCUGCUACCCACUGACCUGGAGAUUUGCAGGAUCUGUGUUUUAUCAGUUUUCUUUUUGGAGAGGACCAUGGAAACUUAUUAUGCUGUGGAACGUUUAUAUAAAUGCUCAGAUGAGGAUUACAAUGAGUUUACAAGCUAUGUAGAGAAUCGUGUUCGGUUUGAGUUGCUUCCAAUUCUAAAAAGGGGUUUAAUAUUUGAUCCAGAGUUUUGGAGCUUCUCAAUGAUACAAGAAAACUGCUUUGCUUUCCUUCAAAAUAAAACCUCUUUGGAUAAUGUAACAAACAAAGAAAUUGUUACGCAGGCUUUGCCCAUGGAAGCCACUAAAUCUGUUAAAGACUUGAUAAAUGGGGUAUUGGAGCUAGAACAUUCAACAAAUGUUAAGAGCUCUACAAUCUUUGCUUCAUAUAAGAUGGACCAUAAUAAUGUUCCCAGGCAUCUUUGUACUUUAUGCAACAAAGAAUUUCUUGGUGGUCAUAUAUUUAGACAUGCACAGGCUCAUCAAAAAAGGGGUUGUUUUUCUUGUGUAAUAUGUGCACGAAAAUUCAGAAAUAGGUUUAUUAUGCUUAAGCAUUUAAAGAGCCACAUAAAUAAAAUACAGAGACGUCACAUGGCUGCUCUUGCUGCUAUUUCCAAUGACACUCUUAAUGAAACCCCAAAUACAAAUGAAGUGCAUCUAUCAGAUGCUUCAUCUCUGUGUAUAGAAAAUGAAAACUCCAGUAGUUCUACAAAAGAAGUAUUGUCUGAUGUAUUGGUUGCUACCCAUCAAGAAUCUUCCCCUGAAUCCUUAGUUCCUGUUGAAAAUCAUGUGAUUGAAAAUAAUAAUAAUGACAAGCCUAAUAAUUUAACAGACUUAAUUAUUUCAGAAAAUAAUCUUGAGUUAAUUGAUAAGCAAUUAUUAGAGGAAAACUUAGAUAGCAACAUGCCUGAUCUAGUUAAAAUAAAUGGAUCUUUGUGUUCUAUGAAUGAAGAUCCUGCUAUCAAAGAUAAUGUCCUAAAUCACCAAGAUGUUUUCGAGUGUCCGGCUCAGGGAUGUGAUCGAACUUUCAAAAGGAUAUGUAACCUUAAUAAGCAUGCAAGGAAGACACAUCCUACAGAUUUAAAAGUACAGCAGCAUAUAUUGACAUGGAAUAAGGGCAAGUGCCGUUUUUGUCAAAGGCUGUUUACAGAUUCAAAACAUUUUAUAGAGCAUCUCCAGAGACACGUGUAUCCAAAUGUCUACUUUUGUCCGUUUGUAAACUGCAAUGAAAGCUUCAAGCUAUCAGGUCAACUGACAGAACACAAGGCAAGUCACACAAAAUGUAUAGUUCAGUGUUCUUAUAUAAACUGUUGUGAACUUUUUGAAGACUUUUCGAUGCUUUAUAAACAUGAAGCUCAGCACUAUGAACAAACUGCCCUCAAGGCUGUUAAUCCCUUAACUGCACUAGAGCCAAAAUGCAAUGCUACAGAUUUUUUAGAACCUUUCAAACAAAUACCAGCAGUCCCUAAAGAAAGCAUGGAUAAAAUCAGAAAGCCGAAAGUUGUGGAUUUCCCUGUUCCUAUAUGGAAGUCAAAGAAGGAUUUAGCUGAACCAAAGACUUACACACAAACAGAGAAAAAAAUGAAUGGUUACGUUAUUAGUCAGAACUCUCUUUUGGAUAGUUCUACAACAUCAGAAGUUAAGAAUAAUCCAUCUCUGGUUUUGGAAGCAAAUGUUGAAAGCCCCACAGAUGAGGAAAAAAAUAUCAAUGGAUACAGUGUACGGGAAAAAACUCAUGCUAACGAUAUCCACUUCAACUGUGCACACAGUACACAAAAACCUUUAGAAAAUGUUUCAGAUACUGUAUUAGAGGGCCCCCAAGAAAGUUCUGCAGACCAGGAGCAAAAUCCUUCUAAACCAAAAUCAAAUACUGGUAUAGUGUCAUGUGGUAAAGUGUGGCCUUUUUCUAGGCCAUUGCCCUCAGCCUAUCUAGAUGAACAGUACAUCAGUAUGCCAAAACGGAGAAAAGCUGAUGAGGAACACAAAUUUGAAAUAGAUACUAAUUGUACAAAAUCAGUGGAGAUGUUCAGAUGUGGAAAGUGCCUAACAAAUUACUGUAGCUCUGAAGCACUUGAGAAACACAGAGCACAAAAUAAGUGUCAGCAGUAUUUUGGGUUUGAUUCAGAUGAUGAAAGUAAGUAAACAAAUGAUGUAUAACUGUAUCUCCGUUCUCCGGUAUUGUGUUGUAGUUUUGUAAAACUGCUGAGGUAUAUAGAUACUCAAUGUUAUUUAUGGCACACUCCUUCCUGGCUGCUAAUUUUUGGAAUUCUACAUGAUACUGGCUUUUCAGUAUGUCCUUGCUCUUAUGUUUGAUAUUAAGUUGAGGUUUGUGUAAGUCGGUGCAAAAAUCUUUUAUAAUGCAGCCAAAAGAAACACUUAUCUGGCAUUUACUAAAACAACUAUAAUUGUAAGGGAUUUAUUAUCAGGGCUUAUACUUUUUUUUUUU